AUGACUGCUAGCUCUGUAAGUGUCACACAUCUCCGCCAGACACAGACAAGCACUCACUUUGGUAAAGCGAAAGUACUCUACCGCCAGUCAGCAUUCUUUUCUCAAAUGGUCGUUCGGUUGCUGCGGAAAGCUGUUUGUCAAGCUUUCUCCCAAUUUAAGCGAGAAGAUAGGGGGCGUUUUGUUGUCACGUGCUGGGUUGCUCUUUCGAUAAGCGCGGUUGAAGAUUGGGGCUGUCCGAGAGGAUGUGGUCUUUGCUCGAGCUUUGCACGAAUGGAAUACCAGCAUGGAGAAGCAGAUAAGAUCAGUGUGACGCUGAUGUCAUGGCAUGGGAUCGGGAGAAGAGGGGAAAAGAAAAUACGCACUAUGUACAAAAAUGUCUUUUACGAGUUUCGAUUGAAUAAUGAAAAUCUGGGAAGUUGGCACUCCUAA